AUGGAGCAGGACUUAGAAGUCUUUCAGGAACAAGCUGUCGCUAAAGCUUCUCCGUGUGAAGCUGAACUUCAGGAAUUAGUGCAUCAAAUUGACAUCAUGGUAAACAGCAAGAAAGUGGAAUGGGAAAAGAAGAUGAAAGCUUUAGAAGCAAAGAUGAAUAUCCAGGAGCAAGAAUUAGCAAGUGCCCAAAGCAAACUGGAUCAAAAAGGUCAAGAGGUAGGACUACUUCGACAGAAACUGGAAGACUUACAGAAAACUAAAUAUGAAAUGGCUCAGAAUUAUGAAACGCAGCUUCAAGCACUGAAAUCUCAAUUUUCAAAGCUGACACAUAGUUAUGAAAAGCUACAGUCACAUCAGUUAAAAGAGAAAAAGGUUGAAAGUAGAGAAGAAUGUGAGGAAAGCCUAGAGACACCAUCUGAACUGAGGAAUUUAUACAAGAAACUGGAGGAAUUUAAGGCAAAAUCAAGAGAAUGGGAUAAGAAGGGGACAAUCUGCCAAAAUUAUCUUGUUUAUUUAGAUGCUCAGCAAAAAUUAUUGUCUGAGAAAUGUAGUUUAUUUCAGAAGCAGACCCAGAAUUAUCAAUUCCAAAGAGGCAAUAAGAAACAAAAUCAAGAAGAGGUAAUUACCUAUGGACAGCCUGAAAGUGAAAAGGAUGAGUUGAUUAUUGAAAAGCUAAAGGCAACUGUGAAUGAAAUUGCAAUAAACAAGAAUAAACUAGAAGAGGAAAAUCUGAAACUCCGGGAGGAUUUAAAAAUGUACCAAAACCAGUGCCAGCACAUGGAGGCAGACUUUUCAGAAAUGAGAGAUGAGCUGCAAUCACGGGAUGCUCUCUGGAGAAGGAUACAACUGGAAUGCCAACAGUUGCAUGCAGAAUUGUUGAAAAUCAGAGGGUAUGAAGAUAUGCAGGAAAUUCAAAUAAAGCAUCAAUCAUCUUGUGUGCAACUUACUGAGCAACUAGAAAAUAAAAACGCUAAGUUAUUGCUAUUGGCACAAAGUCAAGAACACCAACAAGAAGAGCUAAACAAGAUAAGAAACCAUCUAUAUCGAGAGGAGCAGUCCCAUCGCUCUGAGCAGGAAAGAAUGAAGACAGAAAUCUCUGACCUGACCAAAGAGCUUCAUCAGAAGGAGAUCACUAUAGCAACUAUCAUGGAGAAAGCUAGUCUUCUGGAAAGACAGUUAAAAAUGGAGUUAGAGAUAAAAGACAAAUUGUUAGCAAAACAACAGUUGUUGGAUUUCCGAUACAAAGUUAUCCAAUCUGAAAACACACAUCUAAAAGAGAUGGUGGAAUACCAGGAGUGUAAAAGUUGCAUGAGUAUAGAUUUAUCUGACAAAGAACAUGGAAAUUUCGCAGCUUCCAUUAACAAAUUGGAACAUGAGAAAGUAAGAUUACAAAGUAGUCUUGUUAAACUACAAAAUGACACAGAAACACCAAUGCUGGAUCACAUGGAUACAUAUGGAGAAACAGAACACACCUACCAAACCCAUUCAAAGAUGCAAGAAAAGGAAGAGAGGGGUCAUGAAAAGAGAAUAGAUGAUAAAUCUCCAUCAGCACCAAUGGGGUAUCCUUUGGGCUUUGGUGGGCGGUUCCCUGAAAAGGGCAGAACAGGCAGCUUUCUGAGCGCUGCUUACAAUGCAGAAGAAAGCAAAUUAUCAUAUCCCCCUGAGAUGUCCCUCCUUGCAACAACAGAGAAGUUCCUUCAAGAGGAAGAGAAACAUACAAGAGAGUUUGAAGAACGUUUAAAUUUGCACCUUGAAGAACUGCAAAGACAUUCUGAAAAUACUCUAAAAAAAUAUACUGGGAUACAGCAAAGCAGGCAUACUUAA